AUGUCCUUCGUGCAGAUUUCGGAGCACGUGCAGCGCAGGAGCACAGUGGAGCCGCCGCCAGAGACUUGGGGUGCGUACGCCACAAAGACGGAAGAGAGCAGCGGCGUUAUCGCCAUGAUAGAUUUGCUGGUGAAGGAUCUUGACACCGAGCUCACGGAGGCCUCAACCGAAGAGAAGAACUCGCAGGAGGAGUAUGACAAGACUGUAGCCGAUGCGAAGGCCGAGCGCGUGGGGCUGUCCAAGUCACUCCAGGACAAGGGCGCAGCCAAGGCCGACAACGCUGCCGAUUUAGAGGUGCUCAAGGCUACCAAGAAAUCUACGGCGGCGGAGCUGAUGGCCACGGACAAGUUCUUGGGUGGCCUCCACGCGGAGUGCGACUGGCUCCUGAAGUACUACACGGUGCGCCAGGACGCGCGCAGCGGGGAGAUCGAUGCGCUGGGCAAGGCGAAAGCCGUGCUCAGCGGAGCGAGCUACGAGUAG